AUCAGUGAUCAUUUGUGGUCGUGUUUUUGGAAUGUAAAUUGACGUUACGAGAUCAUGGACAAAUUUCGUAAAAAAGAAUUAGAAAUGUUUUUCCUUACGGCCAUGUUCCUUGUUGGUGCAGUUGUGACGCAGAACAUCACUAUCGAUUGCAUAUCGUGCAUCAAAGUCAACGCUACGUGUUUCAACGUGUCCUACCUGUUUGACAUGAACGCUACCUUCCGAACACAUAUUGUUGUUCACAAAAUGGGAUUACUACGCAGUGAGAACACACUUUUCUACAGUUUCGAACCGGAAAUUGCCGAUAAGGAAUAUUAUAAGGUUGCUUACGUUAAUUUAGACAAACCAGAUGUUCAGGGAGAAAUUUCCGAUGAACAUAUACCGAUACUCAAUUUCGGAACGUUUGAUAUUGAUCAAGACAAUUCUAUUGUUUAUUUGGGCGGCCAUGAUGGUAUUUUCACUUAUGGCGGUACUAAGAAAUUAACACCGUAUAGUUCUAGAGGGGACACAAUAUUAAGUCUUUUCUAUAAAGGAUUCGUUUAUUUCGUCAAAUCAGAUGACAAUAGAAUCAUUUCGAAAAAGGGCGAUCAAUUUAAUAGUGUAUUAGAGUAUGAGCCUAUUAAGAAUUUUGUUAUAACAAAAUACGAUGUUAUUGUAUUUUUAAGUAACUACGGAUUGUUUUUGCACAAAAAAGGCGAAACCAUUUGGUUGUCUAAAAAUGCUUUCUUCAGAGGUCUGACUAUUGAUUUAGAUGACACAGUUUAUGCUUGGUGGAUUGACGGCAUAUACAGAAUUGUUAUUGAAAAGAAUCUAGCCGAAUCUAGUAUUGUAAAAGUGGCCGAUAUACCUGGCAUAGGAGCGUUGACUUUCGAUAACGAUAAUAACAUUAUAUUCAGCUCGGAUAGGAGCGUAUUCAAAAUGACAGAAACGAAUAUAACGAAAUGUUGAAACGAUUAUUUAGUUCUUGUUUGUAAGUUAUUUGUUAAUGUAUUAGAUCUUAAUAUAACUUUGUAAAAAGUUGUCUGGGUACCUGAGUCUCGCCUAUUUCAGCCUCAAAGCUGCAUGCUUUGUAAAAUGUGCUUCGGUAGAAAGGUAAGAUAAGGCAGUGAUAUUACAGAUUACGAGGCAUGAGAUCUUAGUCCUUAGAAUGGCAACGCAAGGAUAUGACAUGAUAACGUAUUGUAUGUGCUGUCCGUAUAUACAGGCGACGGUUACCACUUACCACCAGGUGGACCGUCAGCUUGUUGGCCAUU